GCAGGGUCCAGAGAUAAAUAACUUUUUUCCGCUGGUCGAGCACGCAGGGACAAAGGUAGAACGGGAGAGGGAGAAUUGAUUGGAUUUCUCGGUGGAAAACUGUUUUACGUGUGCUGAGGGCCGGCGGCCGAGUGAUGCACGCAUAUGUCUAGGCUCGGAGGAACUCAGGUUCUGGCCACAGUACAGGUGAAGAAGACGGCCGCUGAUCACGCAGCGGUGGUAAACUUCAGUGCUGCAAAGCGCAGCAAACUGUCCGCCGUUGCGAUCACGGAGAUCAACGAGAUCGAAAACAUGACGGAUACUGCCGCGGCCACGACCGAUACUCAGAAGAGGGCCAAUUUUUCGGCGUUGACCGUCGGAAAUCCGAACGGCGUCAACAAGAUUUCACCGAGCCUGGCGAGCGCGAAGCCAGGCACAACCAGAAAGCUCGUCAUCAAAAACUUUAAAAAUAAACCAAAAUUGCCAGAAAAUUAUCAAGAGCAAACAUGGGAGAAAUUGCAAGAAGCUGUAAUUGCGAUACAAACCAGCAAAAGUAUUCGUUAUUCGUUGGAAGAGCUGUAUCAAGCGGUCGAAAAUAUGUGUAAUCAUAAAAUGGCAUCUACAUUGUACACAAAACUCACAAGGUUAACAGAAGCUCAUGUUCAGGCUAACAUAGAACAGUUCUUGGCAGAAUCUAUGGAUAGGCAUAUAUUCUUAAAAAAAAUGAACGAAUGUUGGCAGUCGCAUUGUAGACAAAUGAUUAUGAUUAGGAGUAUUUUUCUAUACCUGGAUAGAACAUACGUAUUACAAAAUCCAAGUAUUUUGUCUAUAUGGGAUAUGGGAUUACAUUUGUUUAGAGUAUAUAUCGUUCUAAACAGUUUAGUUCAAACACGGACCGUGGAAGGACUACUGAUGCUCAUACAAAAAGAGCGCCAGGGUGACACAGUAGACAGAACACUUCUUAAGUCAUUAUUACGAAUGUUAUCAGAUUUACAAAUUUACCAAGAUGCCUUUGAAACUAAAUUUCUGGUAGCUACGGAAAGACUGUAUGCUGCCGAGGGUCAGCGAUUGAUGAACGAACACGAUGUUCCUGAGUACUUAGCACACGUGGACAAACGACUACAGGAAGAAAAUGAACGUUUGUUACACUAUCUCGAUGCGUCUACCAAGUGGUCACUUAUACAUACAGUGGAAAAACAAUUGCUUUCUGAACAUAUUACUAGCAUUUUGCAAAAAGGAUUAAGUGGUUUGUUGGAUGAAAAUAGAAUUAGCGAUUUAUCUUUACUUUAUAAUUUAUAUAGUCGAGUGAAAAAUGGCCUUGUAGAACUUUGUUUGAACUUCAAUUCUUAUAUAAAGAAGAAAGGUAAAACCAUAGUCAUAGAUCCAGAGAAAGAUAAGACUAUGGUUCAAGAGCUUUUAGAUUUCAAAGAUAAAAUGGACAAUAUAGUUAAUACAUGUUUUCAUAGAAACGAGAAAUUUGCAAAUAGUUUAAAAGAAGCUUUUGAAGCUUUCAUUAAUCAACGAGCAAACAAACCAGCCGAAUUAAUAGCAAAAUUUGUUGACUGCAAGUUGAGAGCGGGUAACAAAGAAGCGACUGAAGAAGAGUUAGAAAGAUUAUUAGAUAAAAUUAUGGUACUAUUUAGAUUUAUACACGGAAAAGAUGUAUUUGAAGCUUUUUACAAAAAGGAUUUAGCCAAACGUUUAUUAGUGGGUAAAUCAGCUUCUGUAGAUGCUGAGAAGUCCAUGUUGUCAAAAUUGAAACAAGAAUGUGGGGGUGGCUUUACUAGUAAAUUGGAAGGAAUGUUUAAAGAUAUGGAACUCAGCAAAGAUAUUAAUAUUGCUUUUAAACAAUACUCAGGAAAUCUGCAAAAUGAAUUGUCUGCUAGUAAUUUGGAUUUAACUGUAUCGAUACUUACAAUGGGUUACUGGCCAACAUAUCCUGUAAUGGAAGUAACGUUACCACCAGAAAUGGUUCAGUAUCAAGAUGUAUUUAAUAAAUUUUAUUUGGGAAAGCAUAGUGGUAGGAAGUUGCAGUGGCAACCUACUCUGGGACAUUGUGUAUUGAAAGCUUGGUUCAAUCAGGGUAACAAAGAGCUUCAAGUAUCACUGUUUCAAGCAUUGGUAUUAAUUAUGUUCAACGAUUCUGACAAUUUAUCUCUGGAAGAUAUAAAGGCAGCUACGAAUAUAGAAGACGGUGAACUUAGGAGAACUUUACAAUCGUUAGCCUGUGGAAAAGCUAGAGUACUGCAAAAGAAUCCACGGGGGAGAGAUGUCGCGGACAAUGAUAGAUUUGUAUUUAAUGCAGAUUUUACAAACAAAUUGUUCAGAAUUAAGAUAAACCAAAUUCAAAUGAAAGAAACGAACGAAGAACAGAAAGCUACAGAAGAAAGAGUCUACCAGGACAGGCAGUAUCAAAUAGAUGCGGCUAUUGUCAGAAUUAUGAAAAUGAGAAAAACGCUUACGCACAAUUUGUUGAUUAGUGAACUAUAUAAUCAAUUGAAGUUCCCUGUAAAACCUGCUGAUUUAAAAAAGCGAAUCGAGUCCCUUAUCGAUAGGGAUUACAUGGAGCGGGAUAAAGAUAAUGCAAACGAGUACAACUAUGUUGCGUAACCUGAACCAAACGUCAAAGUCAUUUCAGACUGGGUCGAUGCUAUGUUUUAUAGCAAAAGGAACCAAUUCGUUUUGGUGUUUGCCUAUUGAAUGUGAAUGUGACAUAUUGAAGAGAAGAAACAAGGAACGUUUAAUCGAAUGACUAUCAACAUAAUGUUGCAGUAUGUGUUUAAAAAAAAAAAAAAAAUUAGAGUGGAACUCGUUGUUUUGGUUUUUGUAGUGCAUAACGGACACUGGACAAUUAAGAUUCUUUUUAAACAGUGCUUUACUGUUGUUCUGUUAUUCUUGUGUUGUUUCUGGAUUUCGCUAAAAAGGACAAUGUGCAAAAUAUCUUGAAUGGUACAGCAUUUAAAAUACACCAACAAUUUUUUAUGCAAAACAGUUUUUCACGGCAUAUUAAAGAUUUAAGAAGAUAAUGUAGUAAGGAUAUUUUAAGAAUAAAAAUACAAUGUAUCGUUUGACUGAAAGUGAACAAAAAUCCAUUAUUUGUGGCUAAUAGAAAAUAGUAUAUUGUGAACAUGAAACAGUGAUUACUGAAAUCAUUUUGAACAAAUGGAAAACACAUGAAAUAAAAGGUUUGUCUAUUUAACUAAUAUUUUAACAACACACGGAAAAUAUUUAAUUCAACGUAAAAAGAAAGAAAACAUAAUACGUGUAUUCUAAAGAGAUAAAAGCCACAAUGUUUAAAGAAACAUUAAUGGAUACAUAAUAUGUAUUUCUGUAAUAAAUUUUUGUACAUUACCUUAUAAUACAGAGUUUAUAAAUAAGAAAAGAAAUAUUGUACAAAUGAAAUCCAUUUUUGUCAAAACAAUAGUAAAGCAAUACAUGUAAGUUUAUGAUGACUUUAAAAAUAAUA